UGACGGAGGGGCAGCUGCAGUGCCUGGCUGAGCUGCAGCAGGCUGCUCUGCAGGGCUCGGGGAGCUGCUGCAGCAUUGUGCAUGUGGUGAACUGCGAGGAGGAAUUCCAGCAGCAGCAGCUAGAUCUGCUCUGGAGGAUUUUGGAUCCAGGAGCCCACACAGCUUUGCAGAAACACCUUGUCUGUGGGCCAGUGAAGGUGACAAACCCAUCAUCACCCAUCAGGGCAGACCAGUACUUCCAGCUGCGAAAGCGCCAGAUGUACGAAGCCUCCGUGAUGAAGUACGGGGAGCUCGUGCAAGACGAGGCGUGGACUGAGGUGAUCGAUACCCUCACAGUGGCUGCAAUCAGGUUUGAGAUGCUGAGCACUGCUCACCGGAGUCAGAUCACCCUGGACCUGGAGGACAGCAGCAUCUCCACAAAGGGAACCAAGAGUGGCGCCUUUGUGAUGUACAACUGCGCUCGGCUGGCCACACUCUUCGACACCUACCACCGGGCUGUGGAGCGGGGCACAUACCCACCUCUGCCACCAGUGUCAGAACUGAACUUCUCCUGCCUCCGGGAAGAGGGUGAAUGGCUCUUGCUCUUCAACUACCUCCUGCCCUUCCCUGAAGUCCUGCAGCAGGCAGCAGAGCUGCCCACACCCACCAAGGGGAUCCGGAUCACGGCCAACACGGAGCUGGUGUGCAAGUUCCUGAUCCAGCUCAGCAUGGAUUUCAGCUCCUACUAUAACCGGGUCCAUGUCCUGGGGGAGCCGUUCCCACACCUCUUUGACCAGAUGUUUGCCCGCCUCCAGCUGCUGGGAGCAGUGAGGGACACGUUCCACAGCGCGCUGGCGACUCUGCACCUCCCUCCUCUCAGCCAGAUCUGA